CGCAUACGCGGGGCGUUUGCCCCCCGCGCAAGGGGGAGACGUUCGAGUUACGAGCAGGUUUGGUGUCGCAAUACGCCCACGAGCGGAAGGAGGCGAUCCAGAAGACGAUCAUGGCCAUGACGCUGGGCAAGGACGUGUCGGCGUUGUUCCCCGACGUCCUCAAGAAUAUUGCGACGGCAGACUUGGACCAGAAAAAGCUGGUCUAUCUGUAUUUAAUGAACUACGCGAAAUCCCACCCAGACCUCUGCAUCCUUGCGGUCAACACCUUCGUGCAGGACUCAGAGGACCCGAACCCCCUCAUCCGAGCGCUGGCGAUCCGAACGAUGGGCUGUGUGCGUGUCGACAAGAUGGUGGACUACAUGGAGGAACCGCUGCGGAAGACACUGCGGGAUGAGUCGCCAUACGUCCGUAAGACUGCCGCAAUCUGCGUGGCCAAGCUGUUCGAUCUUAACCCAACCAUGUGCAUCGAGAACGGCUUCCUCGAGACGCUGCAGGAAAUGAUAGGCGAUCCGAACCCUAUGGUCGUGGCCAACUCAGUACAGGCUCUGUCGGAGAUCAGCGAGACCGCACCCGAGACGAAGGCGCUGGUCAUCACGCCAAACACACUCAAGAAGCUGCUCAUGGCCCUCAACGAGUGCACAGAAUGGGGGAGAGUAACAAUUCUCAGCACUCUGGCGGAUUACCCGCCUACAGACCUCAAGGAAUCAGAGCACAUCUGUGAAAGAGUGGCGCCGCAGUUCCAACAUGUCAACCCCAGUGUCGUCCUGGCGGCUGUCAAGGUCGUCUUCAUCCACAUGAAGCUCAUCAGCCCGGAGCUGGUCAGGCAGUAUCUCAAGAAGAUGGCGCCUCCUUUAGUCACCCUCGUUUCUUCCGCCCCCGAAGUUCAAUAUGUCGCGCUCCGGAAUAUUGACCUGCUGCUGCAAGCGAAGCCCGAUAUCCUCAGCAAGGAGCUGAGGGUGUUCUUCUGCAAGUACAACGACCCCCCUUACGUCAAGCUUCAGAAGCUCGAGAUCAUGGUCAGGAUAGCAAACGACAAGAAUUUUGACCAGUUGCUAUCUGAGCUCAAGGAGUAUGCGCUUGAGGUCGAUAUGGACUUUGUUAAGCGUGCGGUAAAGGCAAUCGGUCAGGUGGCCAUUAAGAUUGAGGCGGCCAGCGAGAAGUGCGUCAAUGCCCUGCUGGAUCUGAUCGCCACCAAGGUCAACUACGUUGUUCAGGAGGUUGUCGUGGUCAUCAAGGACAUCCUUCGGAAAUAUCCCGGGUACGAGGGCGUCAUUCCCACGCUCUGCAAGUACAUCGACGAGUUGGACGAGCCGAAUGCCCGGGGGUCCCUUAUCUGGAUUGUUGGGGAGUACGCCGAGAAGAUCAACAACGCAGAUAAGAUCUUAUCAGGGUUUGUGGACGUCUUCCAAGAGGAGUUUACACAGACUCAACUACAAAUCCUCACGGCGGUUGUGAAGCUGUUCUUGAAGAAACCCAGCAACAACCAAGGUCUCGUACAAAAGGUCUUGCAGCUAGCCACAGCCGACAGCGACAACCCAGAUAUCCGGGACCGUGCUUACAUUUACUGGAGGCUCCUGUCCGGCGAUCUGGACGUUGCAAAGAAUAUCAUCCUCGCUCAGAAGCCAAGCAUCACCACCACCGUAACCAGCCUUCCCCCCGUACUCCUCGAGCAGCUUCUAUCAGAGCUGUCCACCCUCGCCUCGGUCUACCACAAACCGCCCGAGUCGUUCGUCGGCAAGGGCCGGUUUGGCGCCGAGGCUAUCCAGCGCGCCGCCAUCCUAGAGCAGCGCCAGAACCUCGCCGAGAACCCCAUCGCCGCAUCCGUGGCUGCCGUGGCGGCUGGUACCAACGGCACGCCGCAGAACAACAUCGAGAACCUGCUCGAUAUCGACUUCGACGGGGCUGCGCCGGCUAGCGCUGAGCAGGGCACGCCGGACAGGGUGGCGAGCCCGGUCUCGGCGGGGGCGGCGCCCAGUGGAGGGAUGGCGGAUAUCAUGGGGUUAUUUGACGCUCCGGCUCCGGCGGCGGGUGCCGGUGUUGCCCCUACUCCUGGGGCAAGUACAGGGCUUGGCGGUGCCGGUGGUGGAAUGAAUGACUUGAUGAGUGGGUUUGCAGGGAUGGAUCUGAGCGGGACAAGUGCGCCACCACCCCCGGGGCAGCAGUUGGGGCAUGGCAAGGCGGGUGAGCAAGGUAAGGCGAAUGAUGAUCUACUGGGGCUGCUGUAGGAGAGUGUGGGCUGGAUGCAGGUGCAGGCCGUGGGUGUGUCAUAUAACGAUGAAUGACAAGCGUUGGGAAAUGGCCAAAUCUAACAAAUGGUCAAAACUUCAAUGCCCGUCACUUCCCGGUCUGUACCCAGGGGCCCUCAUCCAUCAGGCUUCUAACAAGAGGACCGGAGUACAACCUUGUCACCAGUUGUGUCGACACCCAGCCCAGGCGGUACGGGUCUUGCGGUUUCGACACGACUCUCCACUCUCAGCAUUUCUAACUCCAGCUACUUCUUGGCUGUUGCAGCUUGAUUAGUAAUCACAACCGAAGCCAACAGAACACCAGCACUGCGCACGCAAACAUCCAUCAAAACAGUCAACCCCUGGACGACUAACGCUGCUUAUAGUUGAUUGGUCUAAGUUUCCUCCAAUGUUUAUCUUCGGCGUCUAUAUAGGGUGUAUGGGCGGGUUACAAAGUCUACG